AUGUAUAUUCGAAGAACACCACUACUUGGAUUCGAUAAAGAUGGAGAUAUUCAUCUCAUUCAGCCAGGUAUAAAUUGUGGAUUCAUCUCUUGUUUGCACGGCGCAACUAUUUCAGGUACCUGUAAUCAAUGUCAAUGUUUAUUCCUUCGAUAUAUAUUGCAUCAAUUAAGUUUAUUACUAUCCGUUGUUAUUUAUGUCAUAUUAGGUGGUGUCUUUUUUGCCUACAUCGAAUCACAGUAUUAUUUGAAGAAAGACGAUGAGCGAAAAGAAAUUAUUCACAAAACUUAUGAGGAUAUUCGUGUCUAUGCUGUGGAUUUGUUAAAUCAGCAAUUGAAAGAGAAUUUCGAAGAGGCUUAUCGUCAAUGGCGAUGGGAUAACAAAAACUCGACCAAUUACAUUUAUUUAAAUGAUCACGCAGCUAGUCUACUUGACAAUCGAACGGCAUUCGAAAUCGAACAGAUGACUUUACGUUUAACUGCCCAACAUGUAUCUGUUGAUAAGUUUGUCUAUAAAUGGACCUAUUCCACGGCUAUACUUUAUGCUGCAACUCUUGUUACGACAAUUGGCUAUGGAAACAUUUCGCCCAAAACAGCAUGGGGAAAAAUAUUUACUGUUAUAUAUGCACUGAUAGGUAUAUUAUUAGUCGUCUCAUGGAUAAAAUUAGUUGGCGAAUCGUUAGCAUCGAUUGUAACGAAAUAUUAUCGCCGGCUGAAACAAUGUUUCCGACAUAUGAAAAGUAAAAGACUCCCGUUGGGCAGAAAAGAUUAUGGACGAAAGAAAGUUCCAUUCUACGUGCCAAUUGCAUUAUUAAUUCUUUAUCUUUUGGCCGGCUCGAUUCUUUUCGCGACAUGGGAAGGAUGGUCGUAUAUCGAUGGUGCUUAUUUUUCAUUUAUUACGUUUACAACCAUUGGCUUCGGAGAUUUCGUUCCUGGGGAAAGUACAAUUAGUCAUCGUAGUGGAAGAUCGAUUCUUUGUGCUGUAUAUUUAUUGUUUGGAGUCUUGCUGACAGCGAUGAGUUUCCGAUUAAUUCAGGAAGAUAUCGAUCGAAUGAAGAGGAAACUUUUGCAACGUCUUGGUAUUAUUCAUCUGUCUUUACCAUCAACAACAAAGACAUAG